UUGCCCGGGGUUACCACCUGGCGGGUGUCCGCCGCGCGUCACCCGCUGAGUCCGGAGCGAAGUCCAGUGUGACCGGAAGCCCUGCUGCUCCUCUGCUCUCACUGCUCCCUCUGCUCGCCGUCAUGCGCCCCGGUUCUGCUAAGCCUCCAGGCGGCCUUGGUCUCCGGAUCCGGCUGCAGGCAGUACUUUGGCUUUUGGUUGUGAGUGCCGCGCCUGCAGCGCUUCACCCGCAGUGUUUGGACUUUAAGCCGCCCUUCCGCCCCAACAGAGACCUGGAGUUCUGCGUCAUGUACCGAGAGUUCGGCUGCUGCGACCAGCAGAAGGACCAGGAGCUGAUGGCCAGAUAUUACCAGAUCAUGGAGAACCUAGACCUGGGGGGCUAUGAAAGCUGCGCGGCCUUCGUGAUGGAGCUGCUCUGCCAGGAGUGUUCCCCGUACGCCGCUCACCUGUUUGAUGCAGAGGAUCCCAGCACCCCACUGCGGACCAUCCCGGGCCUCUGCCCAGACUACUGUUCCCAGUUCUGGAAUGAGUGCCGCUCUGUCAUUCCGUCUCUGUCCAAUGAUCACCGUCUACAUCACGCCAAAGACAACCAGAAUCGUCUCUGCAAACUCCUGGAGCUGGACGAUGCUGAUUAUUGCUAUCCUCACCUGCUCAGCAAUCAGAAACUGACCCAGAACCUGGGCCGGGUUCAGAGGGAUUCUGACGGCUGUCUGCAGCUGUGUCUGGAGGAGGUGGCCAAUGGCCUGAGAAACCCCCUCGCCAUGGUGCACGCCAAUGACGGCACACACCGCUUCUUCGUGGCAGAACAGGUGGGGCUGGUGUGGGCGUACCUUCCUGACCGAUCCAAGCUGGAGAAGCCGUUCCUGAACAUCACCAAGGCGGUGCUGACGUCGUCGUGGGAGGGAGAUGAGAGGGGCUUCCUGGGAAUAACUUUUCAUCCCAAAUACAAAUACAAUGGCAAACUGUACGUGUACUACUCUGUGGAGGUUGGCUUCGACGAGAGAAUAAGGAUCAGUGAGUUCAGGGUGUCUGCCAACGACAUGAAUCUGGUGGACCACACGUCAGAGCGGGUAAUUCUGGAGAUUGACGAGCCAGCAUCCAAUCACAACGGAGGGAUGCUGCUCUUCGGAGAUGACGGCUACCUGUACAUCUUCACAGGAGACGGUGGAAUGGCUGGAGAUCCGUUUGGAACGUUUGGGAACGCCCAGAACAAGUCGGCCCUCCUGGGUAAAGUUCUUCGCAUUGAUGUGGACAACAACGAGAGGGGCCCGCUGUACAGAAUCCCCCCAGACAACCCAUUCAUCCUCGAGCAUGAUGCGCGCCCAGAGGUGUACGCUUACGGUGUCCGGAACAUGUGGAGGUGUUCUGUGGACCGGGGAGAUCCCCAGACCAAGGAAGGGAAGAGUCGCAUCUUCUGCGGAGACGUUGGCCAAAAUAAGUAUGAGGAAGUUGACAUCAUCAAGAAAGGUCGGAACUAUGGCUGGAGAGCGAAAGAGGGAUUCUCCUGCUACGAUAAGAAGCUGUGCACCAACAGCUCUCUAAACGAUGUGCUGCCUAUCUACGCCUACCCUCAUAAGGUGGGGAAGUCUGUAACCGGGGGAUACGUGUACCGCGGCUGUGAACAUCCAAACCUGAACGGCUUGUACAUCUUUGGAGACUUCAUGACUGGGCGUCUAAUGAGCCUGAAGGAAGAUAAAAACUCUGGACAGUGGAAGUAUAAUGAAGUCUGCAUGGGAGUGGGCCUGACCUGUGCUUUCCCUGGACUCAUCAACAGCUACUAUCCGUACAUCAUCUCCUUCGCUGAGGAUGAGUCUGGCGAGCUGUACUUCAUGUCCACAGAAACGCCGAGCGCCACGUCUCCUUCAGGAGUCGUCUAUAAGGUGGUGGAUCCAUCCAGACGUGCCCCCCCCAGGCAGUGCCACUACGACCCACUUCCUGUCCGGGUUAAAAGCAGCCUCAUCCCGUUUGUCCCAAAGGAAACUCUGGUGCCGCCAGAACCUGAACCCACAAAGAGCUACGACUGGCUGUUGGAGCUCCUGGAUCCUUCCAGUGUUAGGAGACCAGCCAUGAGCACCCCCGCCCCCAUCAGACCCACCACCAGACCACCAAGGAGGAAAGGCCGACCACGACAGAAAACCAGGACCGGAGGAACGUCUGAGCUCCGUAACGGAGCGGUGAGACUGGUCAGCCAGGAGUUCCUGCAGGGAGACCGAGGGCGAGUGGAGAUCUACGUCGACGGGGAAUGGGGCACGGUGUGUGACGACCUGUGGUCCAAGCAAAACGCCAAGGUGGUCUGCAGGCAGCUGGGCUUCCAGCACGCCCUGAAGGCUGCUAGGAACUCAGAGUUUGGAGAGGGGAGGGGUCUGCCCAUUCUCCUGGAUGAUGUUCAGUGCAACGGCACCGAGUCCAACCUGCUGGACUGCACACAUGCUGGAGUGGGGAAGCAUAACUGUGCCCACUAUGAAGACGCUGGGGUGAUCUGUGGAAACACAAAACCUGCUGCAGAAGAAUAGAACCGGCAGGACAGAAACGGUUAUCUAGAUCUAGAUCUCAAAGAUCCGGCCGCCCUCCGCAGGCUCUCAGCAUCUGUUAGUUCAGCUGCACUUUAAUCAUCUCAAUGUUUAACAGAUCAAAAUACACAGAACCCGUUCCUAGCAGCUCAUUCUCACCGAUACGCCUCCGCCAGAAGCAGCCAUGGUCAGCUCUUCUUAGGUCCAACUCGAGUGAACGGUCAGAUCUGGAACGUCAGUAACCAAUAAUCAGUCAGAAUCUGUUAGCAUCCAGGUGAACAGCGCUGAGGUUCGUCUCUAACUCUGCUUCACUUCACCUUUGCUUCCAUUUCUGCUAAAUUUGUCUAAUUUUUUAAAGUGUUUUUGUUUCACUUUACUGUAAAUAAUUUGUUAAUUAAUUUUGAA